UGGUCAAAGAUUGUAAUUACAUUAUACGCACUUUAACAGUGUCCGUUGUUCCUCAAAAUGGCUGACAAAGAAUGGCGCUCAGAAGUUGUCAAAAAACUGAAAGCCAUUGUAACCGAUCCUAAUGAAUAUGCAGAAAUUGCUCGCUUUCUGGCCGCAAAAGAGGAUAAAAUGAAUGGCUAUCAGAAUUCCGGAAUUUGGAAAUCUCUGUACGACGUUGUGGACUCAGACGAGUGCUUCCUCGCCAUUCUGCGGAUUAUCCAGUCGGAAACGGAAAGCAAGAGCCCAAGGAGUGUCGAUCACUCGUUGAUUACACCUGACGUGCGUCAUAAGUGGGGCCAUCCGGAUAUCACUGACCUUGCCGUGUGCGGCGCCAUGGGCGGCGCCAGUGGCUUAGCAGCCUUUCCUGCCACACAGGCCAGCAUUUUGCCGGUAGUGCAGAUCCUAGUUAGCCCGGCGCUGAUGCCCAUUGUCCAGCAGGCAGCAGACGUGGUCAAAGCAAUGGGCCGGAGAGCUCCAGUGGCGCUUGCUGCGGUCUACCUUUCUUGGGAGGCGAUGAGGACCAUCUCGCACUGGUGGAACGGUAAGAUCAGCGGUCGUCGCGUCGCUAAAACACUGGUCGAUCAGGGCGUGACGGUAGCUGCAGGAUGUGGUGCAGCCGUGGCCGGAGCAGCGUUAGGCGGUCUGUUAGGUCCAGUGGGAGCGCUUGCCGGUGGGGUUAUAGGGAGUCUGGUGGGCGGCAGCACGGCGGCGUUCUUAGUGGAUUGGUUGACACAGAAUCUGUUCGAUAUUCCCAAGGACGAAGCAGUGGAGAACGCGUACUCUUUCUUAGGCUGUACCCGGAGUUCUACUAAUAAAGAGAUCAACGACAAGUAUCUUGCUGCCUGUCGAAAGCACCAUCCGGAUAAGGGCGGAGACGUUGAAAUGUUUCAAAAGGUGCAGCAGUGCAUGGGUGUUACCAAAGUGGCCAGAGGGAACAGUACGGUGCGACGGACGAAGUACGAUAUCUGGAAUUCUGACUUUCAGCCUUCAGCGCCUGCAUUACGACCGCCUGGUUCCAUAGUGCAAUUAAUCUAUUUAACUAACAACAGAAGCUGGUUUUGUCCUACACUCGAUACCCCAUAUUAACGAGCGAUUCUGUUCAACCCCGGAGUUACAAUACAAGUUAUAAAUAAUAAUAAAAGAAACAUCACGAAGUUCGCGACUUCGCGUCGGUGGCCUGGGGUCGCUUCCAAGGUGGCUCAUUCCAAGCGCAAAGUGUGGAAUACGUAUAUCAUAUCCAUGUACUCUGUAGAAGACGUUUUGGAUGUGCGGUCGUCCUCAUUAACUUGCCACGCCGGAUAAGGGAUCCGGCGCCGGAUAAGGGAUCCGGCUUGCCUCAUCCGGAUAAGGGCGGAGACGUUGAAAUGUUUCAAAAGGUGCAGCAGUGCAUGGGUGUUACCAAAGUGGCCAGAGGGGAACAGUACGGUGCGACGGACGAAGUACGAUAUCUGGAAUUCUGACUUUCAGCCUUCAGCGCCUGCAUUACGACCGCCUGGUUCCAUAGUGCAAUUAAUCUAUUUAACUAACAACAGAAGCUGGUUUUGUCCUACACUCGAUACCCCAUAUUAACGAGCGAUUCUGUUCAACCCCGGAGUUACAAUACAAGUUAUAAAUAAUAAUAAAAGAAACAUCACGAAGUUCGCGACUUCGCGUCGGUGGCCUGGGGUCGCUUCCAAGGUGGCUCAUUCCAAGCGCAAAGUGUGGAAUACGUAUAUCAUAUCCAUGUACUCUGUAGAAGACGUUUUGGAUGUGCGGUCGUCCUCAUUAACUUGCCACGCUGAUGUUAUGAAGCGGAAAUGCUUAUCGGAUUAUUCCUUUUUAUUAAUGCUCCGACCAUACGGUGCUGUUAAUACAU